AUGUCAGCAACCACGGACAGUACAAACUUGGACGCUUCGAUUGACAUCUACAACUUUGCGGCAUCAUUUGGCGACGUGCCUGUAUUUUCGUCGACCAAGAUGCCACCCUCCUUCCGUAAAGUUCUGCUCAAAGAGGGCAUCGUACGAGGCGCAGCGUCAUGGAAGGUCGACGUUAAGCUACCGGCACUCGAUUUCAUCGUUUCAGCAAUCGACAAGGAUCCUGUGCGAGCCGAGACGGCAGCGCUGUUGACUUUGAAGCGGCGUCUUGAAAAGCACUCUGCUCGGUUGGCAGAGUUGCGAUCCUCCAUGCCUGACUGGGGUACACUCACGGUCGACACUGCAUCCGACUUUCUGACCUUCCUGAAAUCGACUUGCCGUGACAUGAAUGUCGAACUUGACACUCCGGCUGGUAAACAGGGAACCCGGGACAAUCCGAUUGAGAUCAACUUGAACGGCCAGAUCGUCGAGCCACGUAUCAUCGGCCGGACAAAAAAGGAUUCCCUCGCAGCCGCACGUCUGGUCGCUGCCGUGCAUGUUUUGAAGACGAAACCUGAGUUGUACACUGAGUUCACUAAAGCGCUUGAAAGAGGCGGCGGGAAGAUCAUUCGACCGCAGCAUCCUGUGAAGAUACAGCUGUCCGAAAACACGCUCACUAUCAUGAACGACGCGAUGCGGGAAGUUCGAAAUGUCGGAAGAGUUAGCGAACGACAAGCUUUGCCCGUCGCAGAAGUAGAGAGAGCUGAAUCGAGACCUUAUCGCACCGCGCCGACAGAACAAGUGCGACUAGCUCUGAAUAGCACACUGCAAGAGAGACAACAAGCGUUCAAUGAAGACCCGACGACCGCCGCCAUGCGUGAGAUUCGGGCAAACCUCCCAAUGUCCCAACACAGUGCCGCAGUACUCGAAAUGAUUUCGAACAACACGUAUAGCAUUGUUGUCGGUGCCACUGGAAGUGGAAAAACCACACAGGUUCCCCAGCUCAUUCUCGACGAUGCCAUUGCAAAAGGUGAGGGUGGAUUCUGCGACAUCAUUUGCACGCAACCUCGCCGAAUCGCCGCGACGUCUGUCGCGCAGCGCGUUGCAGAAGAACGCGGGCAACGUCUCCAGGAACAAAUCGGACAUCACGUCCGCUUCGAUGUCAAAUUGGCGCCUUUGGGCGGCAGCAUUAAUUUCUGCACCAGCGGAAUCCUGCUUGCCAUUCUGAGGCAUCACCCGGAUAGUCUUUUGGACUCAGUCUCUCAUUUGGUCCUUGAUGAGGUCCACGAACGUGACAUGAUCAUGGAUGUGCUGCUGAUCAAUCUGAAGAGGGCUUUCGAGAACCGAUUGGCGGUAGGGAAGAGCGUCCCCAAAAUAGUCCUCAUGUCGGCUACUCUCGACACGAAUUUGUUCGCGGAGUAUUUCGCGACAAAGAAAGACGGCGAAUCACAGCCAUGUCCUUCGGUGUCGGUGCCUGGCAGGACGUUUCCCGUCAAAGAGCGAUAUCUCAAUUCCGACAAGUUUGACGUUCACAUACUUCAUUCGACUGUCCCACCUGCAGAUCAGAGGCGAAUCUUUGAUCCCACCCCAGAAGGUCGUCGGAAGAUCAUUCUCGCCACCAACAUCGCAGAAACCUCUAUCACUGUGCCUGACGUCAAGCACGUCGUCGAUGCUGGAAAGCUGCGCGAGAAUCGAUACGACGCCACGAAGCGCAUCACCAGAUUGGAGUGUGUCUGGGAAAGUCAAUCUAACGCGAAGCAACGUGCCGGACGAGCUGGCCGUGUCUCUGACGGCAAUUACUACGCACUCUUCUCCAAAGGUCGCAAAUCGCUCAUGCGGGCAGCCGGAAAACCAGAACUGCUCCGAAGCGAUCUAGCAGAAGUGUGCCUGUCGAUUAAAGCCCAAGGCUUCAACGAGCCGUUGGCGCAGUUCCUCGGAAGAGCCAUUGAACCACCUUCACCAAGUGCACUUCGCAGCUCGAUCAAAUACCUCAAGUCCAUGCAAGCUUUCACCGACCAGGAGGAGUUGACUGUUCUCGGCCAGGUCUUGGCGAAGAUGCCCGUGCAUCCCAGUCUCGGCAAGAUGAUCCUUCUUGGAAUCAUCUUCCGUUGCUUGGAUCCGAUGCUGCUUCUUGGAUCUCUAGAACCCGGAAGGUCCUUGUUCACCUUCCCCCCAGGCACAUCCAAGAAGGAGGUGUUGGCUGGCCACAAGAUCUACAAGGGAGAUUCCAGCGACCAUAUUGCCCUCUUGCGUGGCCUAGACAAGUUGAGAUUGCUCGAAGCUCGGGGACUCGGCCACAAUUCCGUGUUCGAGUUCGCGAUGCGUGAGAACCUGCACAUGGGCGUCUACAGAGAAGUCAGAAAGACCGCAACACAGAUCGACGCGAUUCUACAAGAGAUCAAGCUUAUCCCCGAGCGACGCGGACCAGGUCUGUAUGGAGGCGAAGCGCUCAACGCCAACUCGACCAACUUGGAAUUGAUCAAAUCUCUCGUUCUCGCUGGCUCCUACCCCAAUCUCGCCGUCAAGAGCUUCGGCCGUGUCCACCGCACCGCACACGAAGAGACCGUCAUCAUACCCAUGCAAUCCGCCAACGUCGACACCGAGACCUCUCCGGGUGACCUCUUCGCCUUCGGCCAACUUUUCGAGUCCGGCGGCCAGAUGCAAAUGCGGGAAAGCACGCUCGUCAGCCCGCUGAUGGUUCUGCUCUUCGGUGGCAAACUCGGCAUGAACGAUUUUGGGAAAAUCGAAAUGGAUGACUGGCUGCCCUUCGCGAUGACAAGUAGGCUGGGACCAGGUCUUGCCAACAAAUCCGUCAUCAACAUGCGCAACGCUCUCGACCGCGUCCUCCACCAAUCCCUCCUCCGCGUCCUCUCCACCGACAAGAGAGACUCCGAAGAAGAGCGUCUCCGCAAGAAAUUCAUGGGGCACGUCAUCAGGAUGUUGGAAAGCGAUUACAAGUCUAGAACGUUUAGAAACAGAGGGCCGAUUGGCGACAGCAACGAGGUGAGGGAAGACCGAUCCAUCGGACCCUCCUCCAGGCGAGUAGUACAUGGACGGCCGUGAUUGGACGGUCUCCGAGGCCGACGCAUGCGAUGAACCUCGCCUUUCGAGAUUGGUUGACGUUGUGCGCGGCCAUUCUCCUUCAAGUGGUAUUUCGGGCGGCGCAAACCAUCAUUUCUACCAAUUUUCACCUCAUUGCAUUCUUUCUGCGCGCAUGGAGUACAGCAAAAGGGAGGGACAAGAGACCGGGAUUCACUCUUCACUUUUUCACCAAUUUUUUCGGACUGAUUUGACGUUCGAUUUUUUGUACUUCUACAUUGUUCAUUUCUUCAUUGCAUGAUUUUUGUACCAUAGCAUAGAUCUUUAGAUUCGCUCAAGAUACCCUUUCCACUCGACAGUUCUUUCCUCAGA